UAACUGUUAGGUUCGGCGAGACGGAGAAGAGAGAGAGACCCGAGCCAGGCGCAAUUUCAGCCAGAUCAGUUCCUCCGAACUAAGGAAAGCAGGGAGUUUAUAAGACUUUUAGGAAACACGACUUGUCGCCAUUCGUCUCGUUGACUCUGUCCCCAGCGUCCUCCGGCCUCACAGACCUGGUGAUUCCAGCGCUUCCCGGACUCCAGAUAACCCUGUGGCAAGACAGAGAGAGACUGUGCAGUCCUUGUAGAUUCAUCACCUGCUUUGAAGUGGUCUUGGCAUCACAGAGAGGACCGUUCAGGCAAAUUUCACCAUCAGCCUCACAUUGGCAGCCAUUGAUUUGUCCCGUGGUUGUGGUCCUUCUGGGGACCUGAUCUGCCUUCACGAAGAAAAGAUACCAGGAGCAAGGAUGCUUGCUGACUCUUUGAUAAAUUGUAAACAGGACCCAGUGACUUUUGAGGAUGUAGCUGUGGACUUUACCCAAAAAGAGUGGAUUUUAUUGGAUCAAACUCAGAGAAACCUAUACAGAGAUGUGAUGCUGGAGAACUACAAGAACCUGGCUUCAGCUGUAAGCUGCAAUGGACCACAACCCUGGGAUGGUAAGCAAUGUGGAGAAAUCUCUGGUGAGCACUCGUGCCUUAAGACACACAUGAGAACUCAAAAUUCAAGGGACACUUCUAACUGUAAUCACCAUGGAAAAGCCGUUUUUAUUUUGCACAAGAACAUCUCUACUGGAGAGAAACUUUCUGUAUUGAAUCAGUGUGAAACAGCCUGUAGCCUGAUUCCAAAUGUUGCUUCCCAGAGCACGUGCAUGAGAGGCAAAUCCUUUGAAUCCAGUGCCUGUGGAAAAGUGAUCCUUAAUCAGUCACACCUUCAGGCACAUAAGACAACUCACAACGGAGAAAAACUCUACGAAUCGAAGGCCUGUGGGAGAGCUGUCACUGACCCCACAAGCCAUCCUGUGUCUGUUCAAAAGCACACUGAAAAACAACCCUACAAAUGUAAGGAAUGUGGAGAAACCUUUAGGUAUGUUUACCAUCUUAAUUGCCACAUGGAAAUCCACACUGGGGAGAAACCCUAUAAAUGUAAGGAAUGUGGAAAAGCCUUCACUGAGCACUCAGGACUUACUAAUCACAAACAAAAACACACCGGAGAGAAGCCCUAUGAAUGUAAGGAAUGUGGGAAAGGCUUUACUAGGUUUUCCCAACUAGGUCAACAUUUAAAUACUCACACUGGAGAGAAGCCCUAUAAAUGUAAGGACUGUGAGAAAUCCUUUACUAGAGCCUCACAUCUUAAUUCUCAUAUAAAAACUCACACUGGAGAGAGUGACAAACUCUAUAAAUGUAAGGACUGUGAGAGAACCUUCACUGGGCGUUCUGGACUUACUGAUCAUGAACGAACACACACUGGAGAGAAGCCCUAUAAAUGUAAGCAAUGUGGGAAAGCCUUCAGUCGGUACUCAGGCCUUAAUAACCAUGUAGUAAUACACACUGGAGAGAAGCCCCACGAAUGUAAGGAAUGUGGGAAAGGCUUUACUAGGUUUUACCGACUAAGAGAACAUUUAAAUACUCACACAGGGGAGAAGCCCUUUGGAUGCAAGGUAUGUGGAAAAUCCUUUAGUCAUUCCUCCAACCUUCAAAUUCACAGUCGAGGUCACACUGGAAUAAAACCCUACAAAUGUAAGCACUGUGGCAAAGCCUUCACUGGGCAUUCCAACCUUACUAAACAUGUAAGAACUCACACUGGGGAGAAGCCCUAUAAAUGUAAGGACUGUGGGAAAUCCUUUGCUAGAGUCUCACAUCUUAAUUCUCAUAUGAAAACUCAUACUGGAGAGAAACCUUAUAAGUGUAAGGACUGUGGGAAAACCUUCACUUGGGCUGUUGCCCUUUCUAAACACAUACGAACUCACACUGGAGAGAAGCCCUAUGUAUGUAAGGAAUGUGGGAGACCCUUCGCUGCUUUGUCACACCGUACUGCACAUAUGAGAACUCACACUGGAGAGAAACCCUAUGAAUGUAAACAAUGUGGAAAAGCCUUUUCUCAGAAAUCAGCUCUUAAUCAACACAUAAGAAUACAUACUGGAGAGAAGCCUUAUGACUGUAAGGAAUGUGGGAAAGCCUUCAGGUAUGCCCAUUUACUUCAAAGACAUAAAACAACACACUCUGACAAUGCCCCAUGAAUUUAAGGAAUGUGAGAGAGCCAAUGGAAUCUGAUCACAAUCCAGCUUGUAAAAACUCACCCUGAAGUCAUAUAAGGAGGAAGCACAGAAAGUCUUCACCAUUUCCAUGGAUCUUACUGAAUUUGUGAGAUCUUGCAAUGGAGAGAAACCCUAUUGAUUGAAUCUAUGUGGAAAACUCAUAAUUCUGCUAAAUACUUUGUUUACUUAUCUCACAAAAGAGAAAACCUUUAUGAAGGUAAGAAAUGUUGGAAAGUCAUCUUUUUUACAUGAUAUUUCCCAGCUUUUCAUAAACGUGAUUAGCACAAGAGAAGCUGUGAAUAUAAGGAAUAUGGGGAUUGCUUUCUUAUGUCUGGUCUGCUGACAGAGGUAUGGCUUUUUCAUUCUGUAGAAUUUGAACCUUUGCGAUUCUGGCCUGGUCAUUCCUAGAGUGAUAUAUAUUUGUCACCUUUCAGGUUGCAAACAUGGCCAAAUUGAGCCUCCAAUUUUCAGACUUAAGCCUAGUUUCACAGUAUACAUUAUCUGGUUGGUUUUUAUUUAAUUUUAGUUGUUAAAAUUGAAAUUUAAAAAUACGCAUAAUUUAGUUAUUUGAAAACUUCAGUAUGUUUGGAACAACUUAGAUGUUUAAAUCUACUUUUUAAACUGUUACCUUUACUAGAUAUAAACACAAUUCACGUACAUCUGAUCACAAUUCAGUGUCUAUUGACUUGAAGACUUAGUAUAAGGAAAAGGAUAUAAAUAAGUCAGUCUUAAAAUUGGUUUACAUACUCAAUAUUUUUGGUAUAUGCAGUAAAAUAAAACAUUAUUACAAAUAA